CCAAAGACAAGCAGCAUCUUACAUCUAUAAAAAGUACAUGCUUGGCUUUCAAAUUGCAAUAUAAGUAUCAGUAUUGAAUCUUUAUCUGAUCUCUUGGACAUGGCAUCGGUGUUCUGCUCUUUGUUUUCAUAGUAGUAUCUCCAUCUCUACCCUCCCUUGCCACAACAAGGUAGCACAGAUCAACCGAUAUACUAGUACAUUGUACCUGUACAUCUGCCGUGCCUCCAACGCAAGAAAUGGCCCCGAUGCAACAUCUCAAGAAUCUUGUCUCCGACAAACGAGUAAAAACCACCUCAUCCCCGCCAUACCUCCUCUCCCUACGAAGCUCCAAUACUUUCAUCAUCGGCACCAUCUGUGUGGCAGUCUUCACCGAUCUCUUCCUAUAUGGUAUUAUCGUACCAGUCAUCCCUCGUGCACUUGAAGAAAGAGCGGGUGUGCCGCAAAAAGACGUCCAGAAAUGGGUAUCGAUUCUAUUAGCCGUCUAUGGCGGUGCUCUUCUCGUCGGAAGUCCUCUCUCGGGAUGGUGGGCGGAUCGUUCGUCAAGUAGACGACUUCCUCUUCUACUCGGUCUAUUUGCGUUGGGAGGCUCAACUGUCAUGCUUUGCUUGGCUAGGACCAUUGUACUCUUCAUAAUGGGACGGGUCUUGCAAGGGUUUGCCGCGGCGGUAGUAUGGACAGUUGGCACCGCGUUGUUGGUAGAUACCGUGGGACAGAAUUCCAUUGGAGAAGUACUAGGAUGGACGAGUGUGAGCAUGGCUGUUGCUAUUUUGCUGGCGCCUUUGCUGGGUGGUCUCGUUUACGAAAGAGCUGGUUAUUAUUCCGUGUAUUACAUGUCUUUCUCCUUGAUCGCCCUCGAUAUUGUUCUCCGAGUUUUUCUGGUGGAGAAGAAAAUAGCACGGAAAUGGACAGUCACUCAGCCAGCAGUUUCCGAAUCAGCUUUGGCUGUGGGUGAGACAACAGAUUCUACACAAGAAAAGGACCACGAGGUUCACGAAAAUAGCCGAGUACCAGUUAUCACCAACACCAACAACAGUCCUAUUCCAGAAGACGAACCAAUUCCACGUAGUCGAGGACUACCCCCAGUCUUCACCCUGCUGGCUUCCCGUCGACUACUGAUAGCACUAUGGGGCUGUAUCGUACAAGGGUCCCUUAUGACAGCAUUUGACAGCGUUGUCCCUCUCUUCGUGAUGGAGACAUUUGGUGUAAGUGUAACUCCGCAUCCAUCCACCCCUCCGCAACCUUUCCCAAUUCUUUCAGCCGCAAACACGUCAACUGCCCUCAUCUCAAAAACAUGACCAAGUCACUCGAGAAAGCACCACACACUAACAAACCCACAUAGUGGAACUCCACCGGCGCAGGCGUAGUCUUCCUCUGCAUCACCAUCCCCUCCUUCGCAAGCCCCUACAUCGGCCACCUAGCCGACACCCACGGCCCACGCUGGCUCUCCGUCCUCGGUUUCCUAAUCGUCAUCCCCUUCUGGAUCCUCCUCCGGCUCGUAACCCAUAACACGCUGGGCCAAAAAGCCCUCUUCUGCGUCCUCCUAACCCUCAUCGGCGUCGGCCUCUGUCUCGUCAUGCCCCCCCUCAUGGCCGAAAUAACCUACGUCGUCGAAGCCAAAGAAAAAGAGCGACCAGGCCGGUUCGGUGCGACAGGCGCUUAUGCGCAAGCCUAUGGAUUGUUCAUUGCUGCGUUUGCCGCGGGCUCGCUUAUUGGUCCUGUGUGGGCCGGGUAUGUGAAUAAUGCUGCGGGAUGGGGGACGAUGAGUUGGUCCCUGGCGGUGUUUUCGUUUUUUGGGGCGGUGCCGUGUUUGUUCUACACGGGGGGUGAUUUGUGGGCGGAGAAUGCGAAGACGGGGAGGGAGAGGCCGGUUGGGAGGCCGGUUUCUGUGGAGGGGAUUGAAGAAGCGAGGGUUGGGUCGACUAAUUAAUAUGAGUCGAGACUACUUUUAAGCGAGAAUUCUCCCCUCAGAACCUCGAAACGAAGAGCCUAAAGAAUUGGAAAAACAGAACAAUAUGGACUCUGCUCUGGGACUCUGCUCUGGGAUGGCAAAGAAAGACCUACUUCUGCUGCUCGUUGUACAGUACAUCAAAAACUUUUGCAUAGAUAGAUACCCUUCCUUGAUAAAUA